UUAACGCCGGGGCACAACGGCUGGAGAUGCCCUCACACGCCAACUGCCUCUCUCUUUCCCCCCUUCUCCUCGUCGUCAUCCUCUCCCUACGCCCCCGCAAUCCCCAAUCCGUCCUCGUUCUCCUCCGCGGUUUGAUCGGAAAGGUUCGUCUGUAGUAGGGUUUGCGCCGGAUAGAGAAGGGGAAAGGUGAAGCGUGGAGGCGGGUGAAGGGACCCAUGGCGAGCGACGUGCCCAUGACCCCGGAGCUCGAGCAGAUCGACGGAGAGAUCCAGGACAUCUUCCGCGCACUCCACAAUGUACAAGCUCUCUUGAGGUUAAUCUGAGUCUCCUCGAUAGUGGAAUACAAACACCUAUAAACGGGUUCCAAAAGAUGGACAAGAUUAAAGAUUCUAAUAGGCAAGCUAAACAAUUGGAGGAUCUUACAGGGAAAAUGAAGGAGUGCAAGCGCUUGAUCAAAGAGUUUGAUCGUAUUCUGAAAGACGAGGAGUCAAAGAACCCUCCUGAAGUCAACAAGCAGCUAAAUGACAGAAAACAGUAUAUGAUCAAAGAGUUGAACUCCUAUGUCACCUUGAGGAAGACAUACCAAAGUAGCCUUGGUAACAACAAGCGGGUUGAACUCUUUGAUAUGGGUGCUACAAGUAGUGAGCCUGCCGCAGUUGACAAUAUUCAAAUGGCAUCAGCUAUGACGAAUCAACAACUCAUUGAUUCUGGAAGAAACCAAAUGGAUCAAACAGAUGAAGCUAUUGCACGUUCAAAAAUGGUUGUUGCGCAAACUGUCGAAGUUGGAUCUCAAACUGCUACAACAUUAACACAGCAGACGGAACAAAUGAAGAGAAUUGGCAAUGAGCUCGAUUCGGUUCACUUUUCAUUGAAGAAAGCUAGCCAGCUUGUGAAAGAGAUUGGCCGGCAGGUAGCAACAGACAAAUGCAUCAUGGGGUUGCUUGCUCUGAUAGUUUUUGGCGUUAUUGCAAUUAUCGUUGUUAAGAUGGUCAACCCGCACAACAAGAACAUCCCAGAUAUCCCAGGAAUGGCUCCACCUGCUCAAAAUUUUCAGACUAACAGGAGAUUGUUGUCAGCAAAAGCUUUCAGAGGUCUUUGAUGUUGCAUGCGGUGGUUUCAUGCUGCAGUCCUUUUGUAACAAGCUGCUGGCAGUGCGCCAUGAGAUACGUUGUAAUAAUUCUUCUGCUCAUGUAUAUUACUCCCUCCGUUCCAAAAUAGAUGACUCAACUUUGUACUAA